AUGCCUGACUCUUACGAUUACAUCAUUGUCGGUGGAGGUCUGACGGGCUGUGCUUUGGCUGGUCGGCUGGCUGAGAAAGACAAGUCAUUACAAAUCCUGAUCAUUGAAGCCGGACCCAACGUCGUCGAUCAUCCUCUCACCAGUACCCCGUUGGCAUGCUUUGGAGCUCAUCACUCGCCUUUGGACUGGGACUACACCACGGUGCCACAGAAGCACCUCAACAGUCGUGAAUGCUACAACGCGGCAGGGAAGGCUCUGGGUGGAGGCACAGCGAUAAACUACGGCACCUGGACCCGUGGUAACGCUGCCGACUACAAUCUCUGGGCAAAGCUGGUCGGGGAUUUUAGCUGGGGCUACAAAGGUCUACUUCCUUACUUCAAGCGUGUCGAGACGCAUUACGAUCGUAAUGUCGACACGACAAUUCACGGCACCAGGGGCCCCAUCACCAACACGAUUGUCGCACUCACCAGCCCGGACCGAAAAUAUCCUCUGAAAGAGCCAGUCCGCUCUGCAUGGGAACGUAUUGGCGUCAAGUUCAACCCAGAUGCAAACGCUGGAAGCCCGCUGGGUCUAGCUCACUUUGGAGAGAACUGGCGUGAAGGACAGCGUCAGCUUGCCAGUGAAGCAUAUGGAUUGUCUCGGCGUCAAGGAAUAUCCAUUGUCACUGAUACACUGGUGGCAAAGGUAAUUCUCAAGGAGCAAGAUGGUCAACAGGUCGCGACAGGAGUCCAAGUAGUCAAUGGAGAAGAAUACCAUGCCAGAAGAGAGGUGAUCAUUUCUGCUGGAACAUACCGUACCCCUCAGCUCCUCAUGCUCUCUGGCAUUGGGCCCGCAGAAGAGCUGGCAAAACACAGCAUCCCACAACUUGUGAACUCUCCAGAAGUGGGUCGAAACUUCCAUGAUCACAUGUGUUUCCCCCAAUGGUGGACACUGCGUCACCCCGAACAAGGUCUCUCUAUGGGGACGCCCCUUUGGGACAGUCCCGCGUAUGGCAUGGGGGUACCUUAUGAUUGGAACGUGACGCUGCAGACGCCUACAGAGGAGUUGAUCAAAGCAUUUCAAGCAGACGACGGGCAAAUCCCGCCCAAGGACCAUCCAUACCUGGACACGGACUUUGCGCACUCCGAGGUUCUGGUUAUAUACGCACCGAUGAGUCGCGCUGUGACUGGCUUUGAAACAGCCAUGGAUGGUACACACAUAAGCACGGCGGUUCUUUUGAUGGCUCCGACAGCACGAGGCCAGAUCACUCUGGCCGAUACAGAUCCGGCCAGUGCACCUCUCAUUGAUCCCAACUACUGUUCCAAGGAAGUGGACCGAGCCAUUCUACGAGACGGGAUUCGGAGAGUUGCCAAGCUCAUCCUGGACACGCCGGAGGGUCAAGACAUGGUGGAGCACGAAGUGACCAGACCCGGCAAUGAACCUAUGAGACUCGAUUCCACUGACGAGGAAAUCGACAACAACAUCAGAAAUGGUGCAAUUACAUUCUUCCAUCCAGGUGGCUCGGCAUCCAUGGGCAAGGUAGUGGAUACUCAACUGCGGGUGAAGGGCGUGAAGGGAUUGCGUGUUGCGGAUGCUAGUGUCCUGCCUGUACCUCUUGCGGCGCAUUAUCAGGCUGUCCUUUAUGCAGUGGCGGAGAAGGCAGCGGAUCUACUCUUAUACUAG